AAUGGAGAAACAGUUGGCAGAAUAUCGAGCUAAAAAGGAAAAAGAGAGAAGAUCUCAACAGUCUUGGACCGAUUACUUAUUCAGAGGACGAAAGGAACCUUCACCAAGAGGUUCUGAAUCGGCAGAAACAAGACAAAAUAUUACACAAACCAAAAAUGUCUCCCACAUACAAAAUGGAGAAGUAAUCUAUCAUGAAACAGAAGAGGAAGUCAAUGACAGUUCUAAUCGAAAAUAUUUUACCCUUCAAAACAUUUUAAUUGUUAUAUUAUGGUUGUUGUGUUGGAAAAUAUUUAUCGAACUUCAAUUUGGUGCUGUGUUUUUCCUAAUUUCUGGAUUCUUAUUUAUCUAUUUUAACACAAGAACUGGACCUAAAAGUUCUAGAUUAAGUGCCUAUUCUGUUUUUAAUCCAAAUUUUGAAAGAUUGGAAGGAACAUUGACAGCAGAACAGUUUGAAAGUGAACUAUUACGACGUCCUGUUAGUAAAGAUGACAGUUAAAAUAUCAAUAAGACCAAGGAACAGAAAAACAUUGGAUAGAUGUGAUGGGAGAUGCUUAUUCAUUCCUUCAUUCAUUUAAAGAUACAGAUAGCUUACCGGCAUUGCAAAAUUUUCUCAAAGAUUUGUAAAAAUAUUUCUUCACCCAAACCUCAUCAAGUGACUUACAAUAUUUAUGUGGUGAUAGGUGUCUAGUUUAGGAAUCUAAUUCUCAUUUUCAUUACAUAAUUAGCCCUCUUGUAAAAUGUAUUACAAUAUUUAAAUGGUAUCUUUGGUAGCAAAUGAGAUUUUUAAAAUGUAGUGUAGGUUUACAUUCAUUACUUCCUUAGCUCCCAUAGAAAAUGCAUCAUAAUAUUUUAAUGGCAUCAUCUGUGGUACAUAGGGUUUUUCCGAUACACAUCAUAUAUUUAAUAAGAAUAAUUUAAGUAUAACUGAAGAUAUGUAUGAUAAUUUGUUAAACUCUAUGAUAUUGUUAUAAAUUGUUCUGUU